CUGGCGGAAGUUACAGUAACUGGCCGCUGAACGAGCGAGCUGUGACUCACGAAAGCUCAUACCCUACCACAAAUGUUAUUAGUCUUAUAGGUUCUACUGGACUCCUGCUGGUCAAUUCUUGUAUUUGACGAAGGGAGCUUGGUCUCAUUGGAAAGCGUUUAUACCCCGAAAAUCUCGGUCUCUAAGGCGCUACGAGACUCAACUCUUGCAAGAGGGCUACCCACCUGAAAGUAGCCAGUUCUUGUGCCCUGCUUUUUGUGGGAACGGGGGAAUUGGAGGAGCUGGAGAAGUCUUCCCACUUCUGCUGAGGCUCGUUGGCUUGAUUCUCGUCGUCGUGCCUUGUUUCCUUCUUUCAGUCUUUACUAGUAAUACGUUGUAGCGAAUUUUAAAAAAAAGAUCUUUGGAAAGCACAGGGUGAGAUACUACGUGGGACAGAUACUUGCUUGAGGAGAAGCUGUCUUAUGUACCGUGUACGACUAUGGCUUUAUAUUACCCAAACAUGAUACAGGCCUCCCCUUAUACCUACCUCCCCUUUGGACCAAAUCGUGUGCUUGAAACGCAACCAACGACCAUAUUACCCCCUGUUCAGAUGCAGAGCUUCUACAGCAGGCCUCUUGCUGUGGUCAUGGACCGUAACAAUGGCUAUGGUGAUAAUUCAGCAAACCAAGUGGAGUACCAUCACAUCUACGGUGCAAAUCCUUACUUCCAUCCUUACCCUUACUGGCACUUUCCACAGGUGAGCCCUCUUCCUUUGUACAACCCCUAUUCAAACUAUCGUCCUUAUGCAACCUACCAGAGACCAGGUUGUGAUUUAUGGCCUGAAGGAUUCACCCUGAGAGGGGAGCUCCGUUGGGGUAGGCUGGAGAGAGUUACAGGACCAAGGCGAGACCUACCAGAAUUUGUGAAAGAUGAUCUCCGAAGGGUUUAUGGCACCUAUCCAAGGACAGAUGUUUCCAUUACGUACCACAAUGGGGAGUUUGUUGUGAAAGGGGACCCUAGAACGGGAGAACAAGAAUAUAGGAUAGAGAAAAGAGUCAUCAGAAAGGAAUCCACCCCGACUGCUAGUGAAGCUGAGGACAGCGGUGAAGACCGAGGCAAGAAGAAAAAGAAAUCAAAGAGAUGAUGUGGCUGAUUUAAAAGGACUGCUGACUGAACACCUGUGUUUAGGUCCAAGUGUCAGUGAUGGCAACUUUCCAAAUUGGGCUGUAACCACGGAACAGAAAAUGGGGAGAGUUUCUUAUGUAACAUUUUUAACUUGCAAAUAGUGGUGUGUUUCAGUUUAUUAGGGCUUGUGUAACUCACUAAUAUGUACACUUUCUCAUAUCCUCAAGGAAAUGUUACUUAUUCUUCUAGCACCUGAGACUUUUGAGUAACUUAGAGUCCAUUGUUGUAGGGCCUAUCCAUUUGACUGACCAAAAUGCACAGCUGAAUGGUGUUGCUGGCCUUAUUUGCUCCUCAAAGUACCACUUUACAAUUGAUCACAAUGAACAAUCUUCAGUCCCUCUGAAGAUGGAUCUCCCCUCCCCUGAACACUAACUACUAAUUAUGACUCACUAAGGAAUUGGAAACAGAACUUGAGGUGAUAGUAUGAGGUGAUGGGACACAGAGCAUCUGCUCUCUCACACCUGUAGCUUCAGGUAAAUUGCAACAUGUGCCUGAGUAAAUUUUGUUUUGGCAGAUUUUGUAGUAAGCAGUUUUUGCUGUAAGCAGUUUUAGCGAUCUGUAAAGUUCUAUGCUGUUGAUGGUUCUUUCCUAGUCUGAGAUCAAUUGUGUAUGCAGGCUUAAUUGAAUUGUGCAUGGCCAUUGGGUUGCAAUCUAAUAUGUACACAAGUUAAAUGUACAAUUUUAAAUAAAG